ACGCCUGGCGUCCCUGCCGUCGACGUCUGUUCACGUGUCGACCGGCGUCGUUAAAAGCGCCGCGUGUCAGCCAAUUUUAUUCUGCGCUUCGUCACGCGUCUCCUCUCGCGGUGUUCCUCUCCUUCGUUACCGAUAACCGUUCAGCUGAUCCGCAGGACGAGAACGUUCCUGGCGGAAGUCGACGCUGAGGGCAGCAUGGAGAUCCUCACGUGAGAGGCGUGUUCCGUUCUGAGGACGUUCGACUCGCUACAAGAGUUUUGUUGAAGCCUACGAGGGGUCGAGGCAUCGAUUUUAGGGAAGGGAACUCCAAGGGGAUGAACGCGUAGCCGACGAGAGGAAAACAGAGCACAGCCUGCCCCGAAAAAGAAAGGAGACGAAAAAGACGAGGAGGAGGAAGAAGAAGAAGAAGAAGAAGAAAGAAGAGGAAGCGAGGAGGAAAAAAAAAGCUUCGCGAACGAAUUAAUAAUGCCGAACGAGAGGAGCACAGAGGAUCGAGUGAACUUUACUUACAGGGGCUCGCGCAAUUACCCUAAAAAAGGAGAAAAGUGAAGGCUGAACGAUGGGGGUAUACGUAACAGGUGUGAUUGGUGUGGUCGUGUUCUAUUUAACGGUGCUGGGUAUCGGGAUUUGGGCAGGCAUCGCCAAGAAGAAGCAUCCACGACAAGGCCAAGAUGCGAUGAUGUUGGCGAAUCGUGGCCUCGGCCCUAUUCUCGGUCUCUUCACGCUGAUCGCCACCUGGGUAGGAGGCGCCUACGUGAACGGGACCGCUGAAGUGAUGUUUACCAGAGGAUUGGCCUGGUGUCAAGUGCCAUUCGGUUACAGCAUCAGUCUACUGUUCGGUGCGGUACUGUUCGUACGACCGAUGAGAAAGGCUGAGUACGUAACAAUGUUGGAUCCUUUUCAAGAAAGAUAUGGAGCAGGGGUUGGAGGACUACUGUUUCUACCCGCGCUUUGUGGCGACUUGUUUUGGUGUGCGGCUGUCCUUAGAGCUCUGGGCAGCUCUUUAACAGUGGUGAUUGGACUGGAUUCAAGUAUCAGCGUUUGUGGCUCUGCUCUUUUCGUGGCUAUGUACACCGUGUUCGGCGGAUUGUAUGCGGUCGCGUACACCGAUGCUAUACAAUUAGCAUGCAUUAUAAUCGGCUUGGGGGUUGCUGCACCCUUCACUGUUUUCCAUCCAGCCGUGUCCUUCGAGAAGAAUAUGGCUCCUCGUGAAUGGCUCGGGGAAAUAAAGAACGAAGAUUUGGGGGAAUGGGUGGAUGGGAUGUUGCUGUUGGUGUUUGGCGGUAUACCUUGGCAGGGGUAUUUCCAAAGGAUCCUGAGUAUGCGAAGUACAUCGGUCGCGACGGUUCUCUCGAUAGCAUCGACUUUCGGUUGUAUGAUGAUGGCAUUUCCAUCGGCAUUGAUUGGCGUGGUAGCUCGUGCUACGGACUGGUCGUCUGUCGAAGGAUUUAACAAGAGUAUGCUAGCGAACGACGGAAACGCAGCUUUGCCAGUCGUGCUUCGUUAUUUGACACCUCAAUGGGUCUCCUUUGUUGGGUUAGGAGCCAUCUCUGCAGCGGUGAUGUCGUCAGCAGAUUCAAGCAUAUUGGCCAGCAGUUCAAUGUUCUCUAGGAACGUUUACAGACUCACACUGAGACCCAAGGCAUCCGAAAGAGAACUGAACUGGAUACUCAGGAUCUCGGUAUUGGUAAUCACGGUUCUGUCAACAUCAAUUGCCCUCACAGUGGACAGCGUUUAUUAUCUCUCGUACCUCUGCUCCGAUCUUGUUUACGUGGUGCUGUUCCCUCAACUGUUAACCGUAGUCCAUUGGCCCUCUUUAGUCGACACUUACGGAUGUCUAGCUGGCUAUUUCAUCGCUGUUGUUCUGCGUCUUUGCGGAGGGGAAAAGGAUUUGGGAGUACCAGCACUAAUCGAAUAUCCCUUCUACGACCCGGAAACGCAGUCACAAAAAUUUCCGUUUCGAACUGGAGCCAUGCUGAUUGCCCUAUUUACCCAGCUCAUCACGAGUUUCUUCACCAGAAAUCUCCUUGGAAAGGGUUAUUUUCCUAGAUGCUGCGAUGUACUCAGCGUUUAUUCGCCUGGAAAAUCGAAGGAUCAAUCAGGAGUCGUGCAAAGUAGCUCCGGUGCUGCACUGAUGGACACUUCCUCUGUUAAUAAAUCUACAUCGGGAAUAGAUUCGUGCGACGGCAUCGGUCCCGGCAACUACGAAGACGACCGAACAACCACCAACUCAGUGGACGAAAUGGCGGACCGCGGUGACACCGGCACGAUAGUCGGUGACCCGUACGAGAAGGACGCCUCGAAGAUCAACAACAUCGGUAUCGCUGCACAGAAGGCAAACCAAAGCCUGCAACAUCUGCAAACUCUACAAAGGAACAGCAUGCACACGAGUUCCAUGAGCGGCAGGCAUACUCCUACGCCCAACCAGUACGCCCCCAUACAAAACAACGAAAUGUCCCGGGGUCAAAUCUUGGGCGUACGAAACCUACGUGGCUCCAUGGGUCAAAUGUUGCUGCCGACCGAUCGGCCUGUCAUUCCUUCGAGCAAUAAUACCGUCAUGGCGACCGUCCCGACGAAUUCAACAGUGACGACUCCCAUGACCCCCGGUCCCCAUUACGCGAAGACGAACGACACGAGCAUGGGGAGCGACAAGACGAGGGAGAACGAGAGGAUCAGCGUCGUCGACAGAAGUAACACGGAGUUCCAAACCGUUCCGGACAACAUGUUGACCACCAUCAACGUGAAGAAGAACGUUAAAGGUGUGAAGUUGGUUGGUAUGGAAGGUGGGACGUUGAGGAGACCCUCGUUGCAGGGCACGUUCUCGCCGACACCGUCGGUAGAGCUUGUCCACAUUUUAGAUAGGAGACAGAGCAGCGGUUCGUAUGGGCCUGGUUCUCUGUCGCCGGUUCCCAUGGGUGUGGAAGCUUGCAAAACCCAUGGGACUGCUUUGGAGGGACAGAGCGGAAACGAACACUGUAGGAUCAAGAGGGGUAUUGUCAGGCAUCACAGCUUCAACGACACAGGUGAUCGGACGUUGACCACCUUGGCCAGGCAACCGACUUACCCCUCGAUGCCGCUACGCCCUGAAGACUGUCGAAUGACCCUGGUGAAGAAGGACAGAAGAACGUCCACGAUCUCCAGACACGGUUCCGUGACAACCGAGAAAGAGCUCAGCGGCUGUUCCACAGGAUUAGUUAUCUGCAGUCCUACCUACAGCAUGUACAGUUCGGCCGUGAAGAAUUCCAACUACUUCGUGACCGACGACGAAGCUGUCAGCAGAUUUUGAAAAGGACCACCAACUAAUAAGAGGACAAUCGAACCCCGUCUGAUCAAUUACGAGCUCGACCACCUUUCUGUUUCAUUCCUCUCAACCGUCGUACAAUUUUCUACCACUGCCCGUUUUACCACUUUUUAGACUUUUUUAUCGGAGAAGCGACACCUUCUAACGCGUGAUCAAUUUUUUAGUCCUGUUAACGUGUCCAGGAAAUGACUUUUUGAGGCUACUCCUUUUUGGUACUUAAAGUCGAGGACGGAGAUAUGUCUUAUGGAUUUUAGAGUGAAAUUAUUUCUACUUCUAGUGAAAAUAUAACUGCGAUAUUUUUACUUCUUACUUCUUACUAAAUAUAUAAUUGCAAGUCUUUUAGAAGAAAGUUUAACUUGCAACUUUUGAUACCAAUUUUCUGAAACUUUGAGAAAUUUACGAAGACUUGCAACAUUCUGUAACUGCAAAAGACUUGCACAUGAACCUGUUGCAAAAGGACUUGUAUUUAGACUUGCUACGACUUCAAGAAAUUUUUCUAGAACAUUUAAAAGAGCUACAAAGACUCGUACUUGCAUCAAAAACUUACUAGCACAACCUGUGCGCACAAAAAAGUCGUAACUUCUAAGACUUACAAAGACGUAGUCAAAAAUAACUUAAAAAAGUUUCAUAAGAUGUAUCGUUCUAAUUCCUCGACGCUAAAUGGUACAAGAUCAGUUCUUAAAUUAUAAAUGGUUCAACCAUGAUUCUUUUCACUCACGGAGAACCUAUUUUAAACCGAAUUGAUGAAAUUUCGUCCGACGUUUAGAAGAUUUUUAACCCUGAAAAUGAUAAACCACUCGAAUCUACGAUUAAGAUUACGAUAAGAUUUUAGUUAGCGUAAAGACAAGAAACUCGUGGAUGUUAGUGGGUCGUAAAGCAAGUACACUUUAAAGAAUGCAAUCCCCUUGUAAGAUAAUCUAGUUAAUUACCAGCAUUUCCUACAACCUUGCAUAAUUUGUAAACUUCACGAAUUUUCGUUCAUUCCUGUGCCAAUGAACGCGUUUCAAAAGAUGACUUUCGAGGCGUUAAUUGAUUAAGUCUUAUUUCUAUGAAGGUAUUUAAUUAUCCUAAAGCAGAGUAAUUAUUAUACAAGUAUACAUUUUAGAAUUUUUUUCAAUUAUUUGUUGUUACAAUCUUUUCAUUUUAAAUGUAUACAGUGGACCAGAUUUGAAAUCUUUUAUUCGCAUUUGGUCCACUCCGCACCUUCAUUCUCGAGCUUCAUCUUUUUCGAAAAAUGCCCUUGCUAAAAUGUAUAUGAAACCCGCAACUGUGAAGAUACGGUACCGAGACAGCAAAUCAGAAAAGUAAAAGAUUAGACCUAAGCACCAAAUCGCAAUAAUAGUCUUAACCGAGGUUCUCGUAUUUCUACAAACAAGUUAGAACUGAACCCACUUAGCAAUACAUUGGACUCUCGCUAUAUUGCCACGUAAGUAGCAAUGGUUAGAAAUGGCAAUAUAGGAAGAUUCUUCCACAGAUCCAUGGCGAUAUAACAUGUAGCAAUAUAACGGUAGGCAAUACGCUUGGCUAUACAGUGGUGAUAUAACGAUCAGUUCAACAGAAGAUUAGGGCAAUAUAGAGAGAGUCCAUUAAACUUGAAUAAUUUUUAACCGAAUGACCAAUAUACCAACAAAGAAAGUUAAACAACAGUUUUUAAAAAGUUAUAAACAUUUGCUCAGAAUUAGAUAAAUAAUGUUUGGACGAUUUAAUUCGAUGUUUUUGGAAAGGGUAAAGUUCUGAUUGAAUUCUAGUCUAAAGUAGAAGAUAAAUGCCCCCAUUUCAGACUGAUUCAACGAGGACCCAAAUUAUUAAGCCCGUUUAUAAGGUGAUUGAUUUUUGUACAAAUUACGAGCGGACGUCAUCUUUUGCGUGACUCUGUGUAGAUAGAGCGAUCGAUCGAAAAAUGAAAGAUCGAGGACCUUUGGCCAGUUCGUCGUGUACGCGUCAAUAACCUUCGAGGGACACGAUAUACAUGCAUACAUUAGAUGAUAAUUAUCUACGAGGUAGAUUAGGUGAUUUAGAUGGUAAAUUGCUAAGAAUGGUGCAACCACUUCUUUGAUGUCCAGUUGAAAGGAACGAGGGGGAGACGAUGAGUGAUGAGACACGAAUAGCUGUGAGAAUUAAAAGCAGCAGCAUGAGCUUCGCUACUCGAAACCGUUUCAUUUUUACCAUCUAAUCAGAGUCUUGAAAUAAUCAACAUUGAUGCCAUUUGUCAAGUAUAUACUGCAAAAGCUAAUUUGUAAAGAAUGAUACACUUUAGAUAAGAGAUACAAAUUGCAUAAAUAGUAUAUAUUUGUCUAUUUCUUAUUGUCACUGUUUUGUUAUCAAAAUAUUUUGUUAAUUCUUUUGCAUGCAAUGUACAAGCAAAUCUUUUGAAAGUUUUUACUUUCACAUUAUGACAAAUGGGUA